AUGGGACGAGGAAAGUCGCUUUCGGAAUUCGAGAAAGGUCAAAUUUACGCGGAGCAAAGGAGCGGGGAAAAAGCAGGGACUGAUCGAUCGACGUCGAAAGCAGUUGUAGAUAAUUUCAUCAAGAAUCCUGAAGUAUAUGGAACCAGAAGGAGCGCUGAAUGCCUUCGCUCCUGUCCAACAGAGACAAGCGCCGUAUUUCGAAGGAAGCGUCAAACUCCACCAAGUAUUGCAUGGAAAUUCGAUCGUCUCUGA